AGAGGCUCAGACUUCCCACUGCUGAAUUGCAACAAGUUGGUGGCACAAAGAGAAGGAAAAUCCCACUUGCACGCAUCGUUUUCUCACUUACAGUCACCAAAAAGGCUUUGUUUUGUUUUGUUUUGUCCUCCUUUUAUCUCCGUUGCCUCAGACACUGUCUGACAUGAGAACCUUGUUUACAAGCUGCAGUUAGGGGCAGAGGUGUCAGAUGGACUUUGCUGAGGGGGAGUUCCCCACGCGCAGUGCCCGGGCACGGCCGAGGUGUCCCCGUCCCUCCGGGGCUCCCUGCUCUGCCCCUCGUGAGGAAUGACAAUGGAUACAAACCCGGGGAGCAGCGCAGCUCCAAAGCACAGCCUGGCCAAGGCGCUCUACGACAACAAGGCCGAGUGCUCGGACGAGCUGGCGUUCCGCAGGGGGGACAUCCUGACCGUGCUGGAGCAGCACGUGCCGGGCAGCCGGGGCUGGUGGCGCUGCUCCCUGCACGGCCACCACGGCCUGGCCCCCGCCAACCGCCUGCAGCUCCUGCCGCCCGGCCCGGCCCACGGACAGCACCCCACAGAGCCACCAGCCUCACAAAACAUCUACCAGGUGCCCUCCGUGCCCUCCGUGCCCUCCGUGCCCAAGGCCGUGGUGCUGUCAGACACCUACGAGAGGAUGGAGGGCUGGGUGCAGCCCCCGGCCGUCCCUGCCCAGGCCGUGUACCAGGUGCCGGCCCUGGCGGCGCAGCUGCUCAGCGAGAGGACCAAGCGCUCCACGCACCAGCACCUGUUUACCCUCCCGAGAGCCUGCAGGGCUUCAGCCCCGAACAUCAGGGGGGAGGUUUACGACGUCCCCUCCCCGCAGCACCGCGGGUCCCUGCGCCCUCAGAGUGGUGCCACUCCACCCAGCACACGGAAGGUCUCCUUGCUGGGCAGAUCCACUGGGAGCUUCCAGGCAGAGCAGAAGCAGCUUUACAACAUCCCAUCCAAGCCAGAAGCAGCAGGAGCUGGCAGCCAGGACUCCCCAGCAGGCAGUUUAUACGACGUCCCUCCCAAAAGAGAACUCGAUGCCUCAGAAAAUAAAUCCCAGAGGAAGUGCUGGGGCCAUUACAACACUUUGCCAAACCCUCGGAAGUCCGAAUGGAUUUACGAUAUCCCAGUAUCCCCUGAGAAUUCCGGAUUCAAGCCCAACCCUCCUGGGCAGUGUGUGGAGAGGCAGGUGCUGUAUGACAUUCCCCCAGCCAGGUACAAGGCCCCGGGCACAGCCCCCGAAGCCCAGGCUGGGAAUGCAGAGCUGUACGACAUUCCACCCACCCACAGAAAAUUAACCCUUCCCCAAAUCCCCCUCUACGAUGUUCCAUCCUCACGGGACGUGCUGCUCCUGCCACACAACGGCGGCUCUGAGGUGCCCCCCAGCCUCCCGGCUGAGAGCCACAUCUCUGAGGAGAACGUGUACGAUAUUCCCAAAGGUUUGCCCAGUGCUGGGCACUCCAAGAAAGAGGUGGAAAACAGCAGCGAUGGCUCUGGGGACCAAGCACACGGGGCUCCUCCACAGCUCUCUACGGAUGCCAAGUCAGAAAAGGACAGUUUGUGUGUCUCUAGUGUGGACAGCAGAAGCAGCACCCUCUCCUCAUCCUCCAGCUCUUCUGCUGAGUCAUUUUCUACGCUGUCACCAUCACCAGAGCCUGUCCAGGAAAUCAAACUGGAGCUGGAAGCAGCCAUUGAGACCCUGACUGGGCUGCAGCACGGCGUGUCCAGCUCCAUCGCCAGUUUAAUGAUCUUUGUGAGCAGCAAGUGGAGAUUGCAGGAGCACCUGGAGAAAAGCCUGGAGGAGAUCCACAGAGCAGUGGACCACAUCAAGGUGUCACUGGGAGAGUUCCUGGCCUUUGCUCAAGCCCUGAAGGGAAACGCCGCCAACCUCACGGAUAACAACCUGCAGGCCAGAAUUAAAAAACAGCUGGAAAUCCUCACGAACUCCUACAAAAUAUUGACAGAAACGAGGGAAGCUCUCAACAGCUGCAGCUGGUCCCUGGAGGCUCUGGUGCUCAGGAAGCCCCAGAACAACCCUGACGACCUGGAUCGCUUCGUUAUGGUGGCCCGGACAAUUCCAGAUGACAUCAAGAGGUUUGUGUCCAUCAUCAUCGCCAACGGGAGGCUGCUCUUCAGGAAGAACGAGAAGGAGCAAGAAAAGAGGCAACCAAAAGUGAACCCGGGAUGCCAAAUGGCAAAACAAAUCCCAGUGCCAAGGAGGGUGGCAAUUGAGGCACUGCAGAGAAACGCUCCUGAGAAAUCCAGCCAAAGCCGGGUCCCUGUGGAGAAACCAGAAGAAAAUUCCACUGAGGAUUGUGAUUAUGUCCAGCUACAGGUUUUGCCAUGCGCAAAAAAGACUGAAAACCCCAGCGGGCAGGAGCCUGCCAGGAAAAUCCCCCUGCCCGAGCACUGCAGGCUGUGCUUCGCCGCCCUGCACAAGGCCCUCGGCGUGUUCACCGCCAGCCUCAGCAACCAGCAGCCCCCCGAAAUCUUCAUCUCCCACAGCAAGCUCAUCAUCAUGGUGGGGCAGAAGCUGGUGGAUUCGCUGUGCCAGGAGACGCAGGAGAGCGAGGCCCGCAGCGACGUCCUGCACUGCAGCAGCCGCUUCUGCAGCCUCCUCAAGAGCCUGGCCCUGGCCACCAAAACCGCAGCGCUCAAAUUCCCCGACGCAGAGGCCAGCAGGGAGCUGCGGGAGCAGGCGGAGCAGCUGGCCCAGUACACCCAGCAGUUCAGGGCCACCAUGGACUGAGGCACUCGCCCCUCGGGGCACGCAGAAUUCACUGACCAGGAGUCCCCUGGGUGGGCUGUGAGCAGGGGAAGAGCCCCACACUCAGAAUUCCCACCAGGAAUUCCCUGGGUGCUGGUGCAGGUGAACAUCCUCCCAUUCAGAAUUCCCACCAGGAAUUCCCUGGGUGCUGGUGCAGGUGAAGAUCUCCCCACUCAGAAUUCACACCAGGUUAGCAGGUGAAGAUCCUUCUAUUCAGAAUUCCAACCAGAAAUUCUCUGGGUUGACUGUGAGCAGGGAAAGAUCCCCCCAUGCAGAAUUCCCACUGGAAUUCCCUGGGUUGACUGUGAGCAGGGAAAGAUCCCCCCAUACAGAAUUCCCACCAGGAAUUCCCUGGGUGCUGGUGCAGGUGAAGAUCUCCCCACUCAGAAUUCACACCAGGUUAGCAGGUGAAGAUCCCUGUAUUCAGAAUUCCAACCAGGAAUUCCCUGGGCUGACUGUUAGCAGGUGAAGAUCUCCCCACUCAGAAUUCCCACCAGGAAUUCUCUGGGUGCCAGUGAUGAUCUCCCCACUCAGAAUUCCCACUAGGAAUUCUCUGGGUGCCAGUGAUGAUCUCCCCACUCAGAACUCCCACCAGGAAUUCUCCGGGUGCCAGUGAUGAUCUCCCCACUCAGAAUUCCCACCAGGAAUUCCCUGGGUGCUGGUGCAGGCAAAGAUCUCCCCACUCAGAAUCCACACUGGGUUAGCAGGUGAAAAUCCCCACGCUCAGAAUUCCAACCAGGAAUUCCCUGGGUUGACUGUGAGCAGGGAAAGAUCCCCUCAUGCAGAAUUCCCACUGGAAUUCCUUGGGUGAAUUGUUAGCAGGUGAAGAUCCCUCCACUCAGAAUUCCAACCAGGAAUUCCCUGGAUGAACUGUUAGCAGGUGAAGAUCCCUCUAUUCAGAAUUCCCACCAGGAAUUCCCUGGGUGCACUGUUGGCAGGUGAAAAUCUCCACACUCAGAAUUCCAACCAGGAAUUCCCUGGGUGCACUGUGAGCAGGUGAAGAUCCCCACAGCGGCUGAUGCAGAAGAAUUAAAUCUGCACUUUCUUCUCCACUGUUCACAUCCUGCCUGGAAAUGUCAUUGUCACAGUGGCUGGGUGGGAAUGUUUGCUGUGUAUUGGAGCAGAAGUUGUUGCUUUUUGGACUGAUUUCUUAUUUUUUGUUCUCCAUGUAUGUCUGAUAAAUGUAUUUUCCUUUAUAAUUGUUUUAUGUAUUCCUGUAAAGACUCUCUUUAAAUGUAGCUGUACAAUGUUCUGUAACUUAUGAUGUCCCAACAUCGAUUGUUUCCUGAGGAUUUUAUUCAAAAUUUUUAAUUACAGGGUUGUUUUGGU